UGACUACCCUUCAGUCUUCCAAAUGUGUGUCCCCAUCCUAUGCCAGAACCAAGUUCCCCAGAGGGCCACCUCCAGAUUUGCUUUAGAAAGAAAUAACCUGAUUAAGCUAUAUGCCUUAAAAUAGGACCAUGUUGGUUUUCUUUGUGGUGGGCAUUUUGUCUAAUUGUCUAACUUACUGUAAAGAGAGAAGCAGAAGGAAAUGUGGAAAAGAAAGAAGUCAAAGAAAGUGGGUAGGAAACCUCAGUGAAAUGACAGGUAUGAAGGGGAACCUGAGCGAGCCAGAACUCUGGGACAAGCAUUCACCCCUGAAAUCCCCACAGAACACACUGCCCUGCCCUCGUCCCAAAUAUUUGGGUGUUUGACCCAAUACAUGGAACAAGAAAAUAUCGCUGUUGUUUUAAUGGGCUGCUUGCGUCAUCGUGAUUUGAUAGAAGCUAAGGAAACCAGUCCAGGAUCACAAACAGGAAGCUGUGAUGCACAUGCCUUGAAGAACUACCAUUUGAGAUGCAGUUUGUACUGACAGCCUUUUGGGUUUGACAGGUUGCCAUGGCACCAGGGACCAUGGAGGCCCCCCUGUGUCUGAUAGAAAAUAAGAACAAGCAGUUCCUGGUGAAUCCAAGAGCCAUCCAUAUUCUUAAAGCUAUUUCUCAGCCUGUGGUGGUGGUGGCUAUUGUGGGAAUGUACCGCACAGGAAAAUCAUACCUGAUGAACUGCCUGGCGGGUCAGAACCACGGCUUCCCUCUAGGAGCCACAGUACAGUCUCAAACCAAGGGCAUCUGGAUGUGGUGUGUGCCUCACCCAACAAAGCCAAAUCACACCCUGAUCCUUCUAGACACUGAGGGUCUUGGAGAUGUGGAAAAGGGUGACCCUAAGAAUGAUGCCUGGAUCUUUGCCCUGGCCGUGCUUCUCAGUAGCACUUUUGUCUACAACAGCAUGAGCACCAUCAACAAUGAUUCCCUGGAGAAGCUGCAUUAUGUGACAAAACUCACAGAGCUCAUCAGAGCAAAGUCCUCCCCGAGAUCUGAUGGCAUAAAAGAUGCUGGAGAGUUUGUGAGUUUUUUUCCAGACUUUAUCUGGACUGUACGGGACUUCACCCUGGAACUGAAGUUGGAUGGCCACUGCAUCACAGAAGAUCAGUACCUGGAGAAUGCCCUGAAGCUGGUUCCAGGUAUCAGAGCCUAAACUGGGUACAGGGUAUGUUAGUAAGGGCUGUGGUCCACUGAGUCCUGACUGUCAUGUCUGGAGGAACUUGGGCCUUUGAGGCUAGACUGAAGUCCAUAGAAAUGGCAACUGGGAAUUGGGUAGAAAUGCAUAUGGUUACCUAAGCAAGGAUACUUAAAUUCAAGUUGUGCUUUACCCAUGAUGGACGUUAGUAUCAGACAGGAAAAGUGGGGAAGUUUUGAAGACCAAGCACGGCUGUCUGCCCCCUUGCCUUCCACUUUUGUUAAUGAAGACAAUUAGAGUCUGAUUAGUUAGACACAAAAUCUCAAUAAAAAGCUGCCUGUUGAAAUAAUCUGUUUAACAUACAAAUUCUAAUUUUUCCAAAGUAGCAAUACAACUUUCUAAAACUUGUAUUAGUAUAUUCUCCAUAAAUGAUCUUAUUUUUUAAGUAAACAUGAUGAAAACUGUCUCCUCAACCUAUGCCUUUUAGCUUUUCACUAUUUCUACAACCUAUCAAAACAGUAUUCUACCAUCUGCAUUGUGGCUUCCACCUCAACACAGUUUUUGUUAUCAUUUCAAGAAAUAAUCGCAGUGCGUUACAUCUGCACAGCUAUGUGACUGAUGAAAAUUUUAGAGAAACAGCAAUUCCCCUUCAUUUCUUUUCUUUUCCAUUCUUGCAUUUAGCAAACAUUUUCAAGCUAUUGUUUAAGGCCAAGCAGGACCAAUCACAUCAUUUUCUAUAAAGUCUUAAUCUCAGAGUUAAAAGAGAAGUGCAGCAUCUUCACAUUAGUCUUUAAAGUAGCAGCGACAUUCUAAGUAUUCUUCGGAUGUUUGCACUAUAAAAUAUCUUAAAAUGUUAAAACGCAUUUUGCUAACGUAGUGGUAUUGUCAUGAAUACUCUUUCCAACUUUCUCUCUUUUCAAAUUGUGCAUGAAAUCAAAAUAUGAUAGAUUUACAUUUCACUUUUUAAUCAAUAAGGCACUCAUUCAUUUAACCAUCUUAAGAACAAAACAAAACAAAACAACAACAACAAAACAUUUAUUGCCCCAAACUGCAUCCAGGCUUAAAAUGUUUUAAAACUAGCAUCAAUUUCAGUCUCAAAUAUCUGCAUAGAUAUGUCUUUGGUUCAAGGAUGACUUGCAAAGAAAUAUGGGUCAUCAAUUUUUUUUAAAUUCUUUAUUAAUUACACUUUAUUUACUUUGUAUUCCCCCUGUGGUUCCUUCCCUCCUCCAGUCCCAAUUCCUCCCCUGCUCCACCCUCUGCAUGCAUGCCCCUCUCCAAGUCCACUGAUAGGGGAGGACUUCUUUUCCUUCCUUCUGAUCCUAGUCAAUUAGGUCUCAUCAGGAGUGGCUGCAGUGUCUUCUUAUGUGGCCUGGUAAUGCUGCUUACCCAUCAGGGGGAGGUAAUUAAAGAGCAGGCCAAUCAUUUCAUGUCAGAGACAGUCCCUGUUCCUAUUACAAUGGAACCCACUUGGAUACUGAACUGCCAUGGGCUACAUCUGCGCAGGGCUCUUAGAUUAUUUCCAUGCAUAGUUCUUGGUUGGAGUAUUAGUCACAGGAAAGACCCCUGUGCUCAGAUUUUUUGGUUCUGUUGCUCUUCUUGUGGAGUUUCUGUCCUCUCCAGAUCUUACUGUUUCUCACUUCUUUCCUAAGAUUCCCUGCACUCUGCCCAAAGGUUGCCCAUAAGUCUCAGCAUCUGCAUUGAUAGUCUGCAGGACAGAACCUUUCAGAGGUCCUCUGUGUAAGGCUCCUGACUUGUUCCAUCUUUUCUCCUUCUUCUGAUGUUCAUCCUCUUUGCCUUUCUGGAUAGGAAUUGAACAUUUUAGCAAGAGUCCUCCCUCUUGAUUAGUUUCUUUAGGUGUACAGAUUUUAGUAGGUUUAUCCUAUAUUAUAUGUCUAUAUGAGUGAGUAUAUACCAUGUGUGUCUUUCUGCUUCUGGGAUAGCUCACUCAGGAUGAUCUUUUCCAGGUCCCACCAUUUACCUGCAAAUUUCAUGAUUUCCUUGUUUUUUAUUGUUGAGUAAUAUUAAUUGUGUAAAUAUACCACAAUUUCUGCAUCCAUUCUUCAGUUGAGGGGCAUCUGGAAUGUUUCCAGCUUCUGGCUAUUACAAAUAAAGCUGCUACAAACAUGGU